GCGGCCCACCUAAUCCGCUCCCGGACCCGUCAGACGUGUGACGUGGCAACUGUCGUCGUCACCGCAAGAGCGAGAGAGGGCGAUUAAAACUCUCCGCAUAAAUCUUCGUAUUCUUCCAUGUCUCUUGUAUAGAGAGAUUCCGAUAGAACACUCUCAAUUUUCCCCUCUCCUAGAAAAAAAGGAAUUAGGGUUUUGGAAUGUGGGAGGAGAAUGGGAGCCUGUGAAGAAGAAGGCAUCUUCUUUAUAAAAGGUGAGGAACCAGCGUUAGGGUCUCCUCCUCCCCGAGACGUUGACGUUGGUGAAACCCUAGAUGGAGAGUUGCAGAAUCAAGGGUUAAAUGAUACCGAGAAUUCUGAAGCAGAUCCGGCUCCGAAGGUAGAUGAUUCGAAGAAUGGUGGAAGAUCUCACCAAUAUCCUUUGAGACCUGGGGAGCCAGACUGCACGUUUUAUUUGCGGACGGGGACAUGCCGGUAUGGAUCCAAUUGCAGAUUCAAUCACCCGCCCAGAAGAAAAAACAAGGUUGGCAAGGACAAGAAAAAGGAAAAGGAAAUUGAAAAGGUGAAGGACAAAGAAGAGGAAAAGUCAGGGCAGCUAGAGAGGAAGGUUGGUAAGGACAAGGCCAAGGCAAAUGACAAGGAGGAGAAGGAUAAAGAAAAGACAAGGUCAGGGCCAUCAGAUUGCAAGUUUGGUAAGGACAAGGAAAAGGAAAAUGACAAGGAGAAGGAGGAUGAAGAAAAGGCCAGGUUAGGGCAGCCAGAGUGCAAGGUUGGUAAGGACAAGGAAAAGGAAAAGGAAAAUGACAAGGAGAAGGAUAAAGAAAAGGUAAGGUCAGGGAAGCCAGAGUGCAAGUAUUACCUAAAAACAGGUGGUUGUAAGUUUGGAAAAGCAUGUAGAUACAGCCACCCUCGAGAGAAAGCUGGGGAAGGAGAACAACUGGAGCUAAACUUUUUGGGUCUACCAAUCCGACCGGGAGAGAGAGAAUGCCCGUUUUACAUGCGUACAGGUUCUUGCAAAUUCGCAACCAACUGCAGGUUUCAUCAUCCUGAUCCUACUGCUGUGGGGGGUUCUGACCCUCUUUCAGGAUAUCAUAAUGACAUAGCUAUUCCAUUACAUACGUCAGCAGCAAUACAACCACCUGCGACAUUGUGGUCUUCCCACAGAGCCGCAAAUGAGCCAAUUUCAUACAUGGAUGCAUCUCCACCUUAUGUCCCAAUGGUGCCUUUACCUCCUCAAGGGGUCCACUCAAGUCCAGAAUGGAAUGGAUAUCAGGUUCCACUAGUCACCCCAUUGCUUCCACCUGAAAGGAAUGUACAAUCACCAUCAACUUUAGUCAUUCCACCUGAAAGGAAUGUACAGCCACCAUCAACCUCAGUCGUGGACAACUGGACAGGGAAUGCAGAUAACUCUACUCAUCAACCAAAUGUAACACCUGAAGAAUUCCCUGAGAGACCAGGACAACCUGAGUGCCAUUAUUUUGUGAGAAAUGGGGACUGUAAAUUCAGAUCCACUUGUAGGUAUCAUCAUCCAAAGACUGGGGCCUCAAAAUCAUCUGGAUUUGUUCUCAGUCCAAUGGGCCUUCCUCUGAGACCCACCAUCUGUACGCACUACAGUCGACAUGGCAUUUGCAAGUUCGGGCCUGCCUGUAAGUUUGAUCAUCCGAUAAAUAAUGGCUCUUCAGAUUCUCCAGCAUCUUCAGCUACGCCAGCACUGUCGGGACCCCCAUCUGUUGAUAAUCCUGUGAUGGCAUUAGCGGACAGGGUGCCCGAUUGUGAAAAUGGCAGCGAUGCUCUUAUUCAACAAGUCUUAACUCCAUCUGUGGACAAACAUGUGAUGUGUUGUGGACAGAGUGCCUGAUUAUGGAAAUAGCAGUGAGGCUCUUAGUCUGUGUAAAAUUUUUGAUGCUCAACAGUAGCUAUCAACCAAUCUAGAGUGAUGCUCACUUGUUGUUGUGAAAGUCUAGAUUUUUGGCCGAUAUCAUAUGCAAACCAUUCAAAGGAUACUUCUAACAUGGGCAUAUGAAUGGAUGUUAAGUUCUUAUAAUCUCUUUCCAGUUUCUUUUCUUUUUGCUAAUAUAUAAUCAUGUUCUUGUUACUGUUACUCUAAACUAGAAUAUGAACAAGGAAUAAUUGGACAGAUUGUAUGCCUUACUUCGGGAUGGACCAUGUCUGAUUUUUAUCUCCACUUUGUUUUGAUUGCAUUGAUAUUUAUAUUUUUGAUGACAAACAUGAAUACAUCAUUGCUUGUA